AUGCUGUUCUUAAAAGUCGUGUCUGUUAAGUCGGUUAACAGUCGGCUAACGGUUGAUUGUUUGAAGAAGAGGCUUGAAGUUGUUGAAUCAUUAAAUCUUGGUGAAAUCUCAAGUGGAAAGGGCCUUAAUCAAGAAACUACUCUUAAGCGACCUGGUGAUACUCGUUGGGGCUCUCACUAUAAUUCUUUACUUAACUUGAUUAUCAUGUUUUCUGCUAUAGUUGAUGUCGUUGAGAUGAUUGCCACUGAUGAUACUAGUUGUAGAAAGCGAGGGGAAGCACGUAUUUUGUUGGGAUCUAUGUUGACAUUUGAUUUUGUAUUCAGUUUACAUCUCAUGAAAAAGGUAUUGGGUAUUUCAGAUGAAUUGUCAAAAUCAUUACAAAGGAGAGAUCAAGAUAUUGUCAACGCUAUGAAAUUAGUGAAAAUAAGUAAAGAACGACUUCAAGCAAUGAUGGACAAUGAAUGA